CCUGUAAGAUACACAUGUAUAUAUAGGUCAGUCUUUCUAAACCGUUAACAACCUUAGUGUAAGGUCUUCACAAUACAAUAUUCAAACAAACCUUACAGAAGGUGGGCAGGAGACAGCAUGUGGACUUAUUCCUUGAUUCCUGUUCUGCUGUCCUUGAGGUAUUCCUUGCAAGGUUAUGUCGGGUGCUACCAGGACCAGCAACAACCACGUGUCCUUCUUGUUAACAUACUGACGUCCACCCGGAUGACUAUACAGACGUGUCUGGACCACUGUAAUACUUAUGCAUAUGCUGGAAUUGAGGGCAGCAGCCAGUGUUGGUGUGGAUCUGCACUGACUCGUGGCACUAAGGUAGCAGAGAAAGAAUGUGAUAAGCUCUGCGGUGGUGACCACGCCCAGAUGUGUGGUGGUGAUUGGCGCUUGUCCGUAUAUUCCACAGUUACUGAUUUUUCCAACGGAGUGACAGCUGGCCUUAUAUCAACCGCCAGUGGUCUUCACGUCAUUUCCGGUUUGGCUGCAAGCAGGAAACAUCCGGGUUACCUCUACGCGAUCAAUGGCAAUUUGGGGACAAAUAAAAUUUACAUAAUCAAUGAAGAUACUGCCCAAACAGUUGGUGCGUUAACUGUUCAGAACAGUCAUGAGUUUGACUGGGAGGACAUUGCUGUCGGGGCUUGUCCACGUGGCUCUGGGACGUGUAUCUUCGUGGUCGACACAGGAUCACGACAGCAUGCUGAGAGCACACUGUAUGCUGUCCAGGAACCUGCAGACACGAACUCACAGGAUGUCUCAGUGACUGGUACAAUUAACUACAGGAAUAAUGGAAUGAAAUCUGAGUCAUUGAUGGUAGAUUCUUCUGGAGAUGUGUUUGUGUUCUUAGAAAACGAAGGGCACCCUGCCUCUGUGGCAAAACUUCCUGCACAAGGCUGGAAUACUGGAAACACCGUCGAUGUCCUUUCAACACAGACCCUGCCCUUCACGUCUCCCAAUGCAGGUCCAGUUGCAGCAGACAUCUCCCCCAGUGGCACAGACAUGCUGAUAAAGACUCUCCAUCAUAUCUACUACUGGCACAUGUCUGAUAAGUCGGUCACUAAUGCCCUUGAACACCCUGGUGUUGGUGUGCCGUCUGUGUAUGAAUAUCACGGGGAGUCUGUAGCCUGGAAAUGGGAUGUUUCUGGGUAUUACACAGUUGCUCAAGACUCCCAACAGGCGCUUCAUUUCUAUAAACGAAAGCAUUCAAGCUACACAACCCCUAAACCUACAACACCUUUGUCAACAAAAAUGACCAUUCCUCAAACAUCUACUCAUGCAAGUACCCAAGUUCCAGUUUCUAAUUAUUACAACGAGUUUCUAGAAAUCGGACCCAUCGAUUCCUCACAAGGUCUGCUCAUGACGUCAGGCCUGGCUGCUAGUCGGAAACAUCACGGGUACCUGUACGCCAUCGAUAGCCACUCAGCCAGUAUAUAUAUUGUGGACGAAUGGACAGCGUCAGUGGUUGCUACACUUCACGUCCAGGACGAGUCUGUAAGAGACUGGGAGGACAUUGCAGUAGGACCUUGCCCCGGAUUGGGGACAUGUAUUUACAUUGCAGAUACCGGCGAUACAGAUCAUGCUGUGAGGAAUGUCGUGCAUAUGCUCAAGGAACCCACCAGUAUAACCACCCAGAACGUUAACGUUGAAUCAAGUCAGCAUUUCAUCUGGAGCGAAACUUCAUCAAAGGCGUUGGCAGUGGCCAAAAACGGCGAUGUCUAUAUUAUAUCCGAGUCAGUAGGUACAGGCAGCAAACUAGCCAAGCUGUACAGCAGUGGAUGGAGUCGAAACCAGACUGUGACCCUAUCAUCUCUGUUUACUUUGCCGCUACAUACAAACAGCCCUGGGCCUGUGGCUGCAGACAUAUCACCCAACGGUCAGGAUUUAUUAGUCAAGACGGUGAAUCACAUCUUCCAUUGGCAUAUGCCUGACGGUGAUGUCAGGAAGGCUGUCCAACACCCGGGUGAAGAGGUUGCAUACCAUCCUGACAAUCAUGGAGAAACUGUUGCUUGGAACACUGAAGGAGACGGGUAUUUUACUUUCGGUCAAGGACACGAUGCCAUGUUGUAUCUCUUCCGUCACAGGGACGACUCUGUAUGUAACUGGUGUCUCUGAUGUCUCGCAGUGUAGAUUAUGUCAGAAGUAAUAAAAUGCUUGAUCCAUUA